UGGCGCUCUUUUGUUUCAUUUUUCUUUGGACAUGGAGAAAUUUUCGAGUGUCUUGAAAACCACUUUCCAUCUAUCUUAUGCAGUAACUCGUUUUUUGAGGAGUCCAUUUGAUACUCCGAAAGGUAGCCUUAGAAAUUCUUUGUGGCUUGAUUGUCAUCGGAAAUUAGUCACUACAAAGGCUGAGUCUUCGAACAACUCCUGGCAACCAGGACCUUGUCUGUCAUUCUCUGAAGACGAAAGGCUGUUGAAGGAUGCUGUUAGAAAGAUUUCGCAAACUUUCAUUGCUCCGAAAGUUAGAAGUAUGGAUGAAAAAGGAGAAAUGGAUGCAGAACUCUUCAAAGAACUGUUUGGCAAUGGAUGGAUGGGUUUAGAAAUUCCAGUAGAAUAUGAUGGGAGUGGUUUAUCUUUCACUCAAGCUUGCAUAGUUAUUGAAGAAAUUGCACAGGUAGAUCCCUCUACUGCUGCGGCAGUCGAUGUGCAGAAUACUCUUGUGAAUAAUACUUUGUUGAAAUGGGCCAAUUCUAAACAAAAAGAGAAGUACCUUCCAAUGCUUUGCAAAGAUACAGUUGGUUCCUUUUGUCUAAGUGAAGCAUCUAGUGGUUCCGAUGCGUUUGCUUUGAAGUGUAGAGCAACAGAAAAGGAUGAUCAUUUCGUACUCGAAGGGAGCAAAUUGUGGAUAACCAAUUCUAUGGAGGCUGGUUUAUUUGUUGUAUUUGCAAAUUGUGCUCCAGAGAAAGGCUACAAAGGCAUUACUGCCUUCAUUAUACAGAGGGACACUCCUGGUUUCUAUAUUGCCAAGAAAGAGGAUAAAUUGGGUAUUCGUUCUUCCUCAACAUGUGAGUUGCAAUUUCAAGGAGUUAAAGUACCCAAAGAAAAUGUGUUGGGUCCAGUUGGAAGUGGUUACAAAAUUGCUAUUGAAUCUCUUAAUGAAGGAAGGAUAGGAAUUGCUGCUCAAAUGACUGGCUUGGCUCAAGGAGCAUUGAAUAUUAUCUUUCCUUAUUUGCAUGAACGGAAACAGUUUGGAAAGCGCAUAGGUGACUUUCAAGGUGUGCAAUUUCAAUAUGCAGAAGCUUUUAUAGAGUUGGAAGCAGCUCGUGCAUUAUUAUAUAAUGCAGCUCGAAUGAAAGACGCAGGUUUUGAUAUUAAAAAAGAAGCUGCAAUGGCAAAAUAUUUGAGUGCUCAAGUUGCUGAACGAAUAGCAUCAAGGAGUAUCGAUUGGGCAGGAGGUAUGGGCUUUGUAAAGGAGUUUGGUUUGGAAAAGUAUUAUAGGGACACCAAAAUUGGUCAUAUAUAUGAAGGAACGGAUAAUAUGCAGUUACAAACCAUAGCAAAAGAAAUGCAAAAAGCAUAUGGCUUUGAUAGGAAAUCACAUCAUAUGUAAAGUUCUUUGGUCGUUUAUCCUAUUGAAAUCUCAUGGGGAUUGCAUAUUCUUUGA